AAGUUGAAGCUUUGAUAUGAACCCCUGAAUAUAAUCAUAUUUGCUUGUUAUAAUGUUGUUUCUGCACUGAAGUUUCAAGUUUAGCUCAUUCAAGGAGUCAAAUAUGUCAGUUAAAUAAGCUAACCUCCAUUGGAAUGUGUUAUCUUUGAACAUUGUCAAGAAAUCGUGUUCUCCUUUGAACUCAUGAAAAAGAAUUACCUCUUCUUUCAAUUCAUAAAGGCGAGCCGACAUGUUGACUUUGGACAACCAGCGUACUUCUGUAUGGAACAGAAGAACUUUGUGAUCACAAUCGAAAUCCUCACAAAGUCAAGUAAAAUCCUUAUAGCCGAGUCCAAAGUCUGGCGUAAUUUCUGUGGCAAUGUUUUGGAAGCCAAAGCUUGCCGAUGAAUAACACAAUAUGUACUAACCAUUGCUUGAGUUUUUUCCUUGAGCUUUCUAGCUAAGCCCGAUCGUACAC